ACCGUCAUUUCGCAUCGAGUAGGCACUUACAAUAUCAUCAAUGUUAUAUGGGCGAUUAAAAGUAACGUUAACGUGAGCUACACAGUUUGUACGGUUUUGGCGUUGGAAUAGCUUGUCAUCAGUUCGUAAUUAUUUCUAUAGUACGUUAAUGGUAUUUUAAGCUGGUAUUAAAUAGUGUAGCCAACCAAUUUUUGUUCUUUGGUAAUUUUAUAUUUGUGACAAUGUCUAAAAGUUAAAAAGUUUGGCAGCGGCUCAGGACUGCUUGAAAUAUAAUUGGUACAUCAAGUCAAGAAACAAUGAAAUCUACAAUUAAAUGAUGACUUGUAUUACUUAGUAGUACCAACAUAACCUAAAAGUUAUUGUGGUUUGGGUUGCCUAUAUCCAAACUUUUUUGGGUACUUAUUUAAUUAAAGCAUCAAAUAUAAGCGUCCCUUGCGUAGUACCAUUUCAUUUGCAAAAUUAUUUUCGGCAAAUAUAAUGGGACCCGUUUGUGUACACAAGCGAAAUGGAGAGAACUGCGAAAAUGCAGAGAUAUGCCUUGCCCUCUACAGGCGUUCGUUAAUGUCCAAGUGCAUGGAUCAUGAUGGAACUCAUUGGGAUGGCCAGUUACCCCAUAUUUUUGUUACACUUGGUGCUUCUGGUGACUUAGCACGCAAAAAGAUCUACCCUACCCUGUGGUGGCUAUACAGGGAUAACUUACUUCCUGCAAAUACCCAUUUUUUUGGUUAUGCCAGAAGCAAUACUACCAUCGAAGAAAUCAAAACAAAAUGUGAACCUUAUAUGAAGGUUAAACCAGGAGAGGAGCAAAUGUAUGAGGAUUUUUGGACUUUAAAUUCAUACAUAUCGGGCAAAUAUGACGUCAGAACUGAUUUUGAGAAGUUAAACCAAGAAAUAAGGCGAUUUGAAACUGGGCCAUCAGCCAAUAGAUUGUUUUACCUAGCUUUGCCUCCAUCAGUUUUCCAAGAUGUUACUGUUUUGAUUAAGAAUACUUGUAUGGCAGAAAAAGGUUGGACAAGAAUUAUUAUCGAAAAACCUUUCGGCCGCGACACCGCCAGCUCACAAGAGCUGUCUGACCAUUUAGCCUCUUUAUUUACUGAACAGCAAAUUUAUAGGAUAGACCAUUACUUGGGAAAAGAAAUGGUUCAAAAUCUCAUGACUUUAAGAUUUGGAAACCGAAUUUUUGGUCCAACUUGGAACAGGGAUAAUAUAGCAUCUAUCCAAAUUACGUUUAAAGAACCUUUCGGAACUCAAGGAAGGGGAGGUUACUUUGAUGAAUUUGGUAUUAUAAGAGAUAUUAUGCAAAAUCAUUUAUUGCAAAUUUUGACACUGGUUGCCAUGGAAAAACCGCCUACUACUCAUCCUGAUGAUAUUAGGACUGAAAAGGUUAAAGUUCUAAAAAGUAUACCAGCUUUAGGACUUAACGAUGUAGUGCUAGGUCAGUAUGUAGGAGAUUCCAAUGGAGAAGGCGAAGCAAAAUACGGAUACCUAGACGAUCCAACGGUUCCAAAUGAUUCAGUUACUCCCACUUAUGCAGCUGCUGUUCUUAGGAUUAAUAAUGAGAGGUGGGAUGGAGUGCCUUUUAUACUUAAAUGUGGGAAAGCUCUAAAUGAAAGGAAAGCUGAAGUAAGAAUUCAAUUUGAAGACGUGCCUGGUGAUAUUUUUGAUGGUAAACCUAAACGGAAUGAAUUGGUAAUUAGAGUGCAGCCUGGUGAAGCGCUGUAUGUCAAAAUGAUGGUUAAAACCCCAGGGAUGGCCUUUGAUAUGGAAGAAACUGAGCUUGAUUUAACGUAUGGGCAUAGAUAUGAGAAUGUUAAACUACCAGAUGCGUAUGAAAGGUUGAUCCUAGACGUUUUCUGUGGUUCGCAAAUGCAUUUUGUGAGGUCAGAUGAACUUAGUGAGGCAUGGAGAAUAUUUACUCCUUUACUUCACGAAAUUGAAAACAAUAAGGUAAAGCCUAUACCAUAUAUCUUUGGAAGCAGAGGUCCUAAAGAAGCCGAUCAACUUUUGAAGGAAAAUAACUAUAAUUAUUCAGGAUCAUAUAAAUGGUACAAAUCUAAUAUCUAAAUGAGAUAGAUAGAAGUUUUAAGAUCAAUUUAAUUUUAUAAAAUUGUUUUAUAGUUGUUACAAGUUUACAUUGAAUUGUUAUUUAUAUUAACUCUUCCCUUUAUGAAGGUGCUGGUUUUUUCUAUGAAUCUGUUUUUUCAUAAGCUUAAUUAAAUCCUGGAAUAGUUGUAAAUUAUUUUAAAUAAAUACUCUAUUUGGUUUA